CUAAAAAUUACUAAAAUUGAGAAGUUUAAAUAAACACCCCCCGCCCCCUCGGGAAGAUUGAAGUCAACGUUGCACAACAUCUCUCAUCCAUGGCGGAAACAAAAACCAAGUAUGCGGUGGUCACAGGAUCAAACAAAGGGAUCGGAUUCGAGAUUUGUAGGCAGUUGGCGUCGAAAGGCGUGACGGUUGUGGUGACCGCCAGAGACGAGAAGAGAGGGCUCGAAGCUCUUGAGAAACUCAAAGCCUUCGGCCUUUCCGAUUUUGUCAUCUUUCAUCAGCUUGAUGUUACCGAUCAAGCAAGCAUUGCUUCUUUCGCUCAAUUCAUUCGAUCCAACGUCGGGAAGCUUGAUAUAUUGAUUAACAAUGCCGGGAUCGGUGGAACCCUGCUCGACCACGACGCUUUCAGAGCUUCUUCUGCAGCUGCCGGUGGUACUGCAGAUGCAGAGGCUAAAAUAAACUGGAGAGAGUUGUUGAGUGAGAGCUACGAGUUAGCGUUAUCAUGUUUGCAAACAAACUAUUACGGUGCUAAGCUUACAACCGAAGCACUGCUUCCCUCACUCCAUCUCUCUGCUUCACCAACAAUUGUGAAUGUGUCAUCUGCAUCUGGGAAGCUUAAGUACGUAGGCAACGAAUGGGCGAAAGGGGUUCUCAGGGACGUCGGAAAUCUGACAGAGGAGAGAAUAGAUGAGGUGGUGAAUGAGUUUCUGAGAGACAUGGAUGAGGGUUGUUUAGAAGGGAAAGAAUGGCCUCAGCUACUUGCAGCAUACACAGUCUCUAAAGCAGCCAUGAAUGCCUACACCAGGCUUCUUGCCAAGAAGGAACCCGGGAUUCGGAUUAAUAGCGUGUGCCCGGGAUACGUGAGAACGGAUCUCAACUACGGCACGGGGGUGUUGACAGUGGAAGAAGGUGCAGAAUGUGCAGUGAUGGCUGCAUUGCUGCCGGAUGAUGGCCCUUCUGGCUUCUUCUUUGUGAAGAAGGAAAUCUCCUCUUUUGAGGAAUGAGUGAAGUUAUAAUUUGUGAAGAUAUAUAUCUCUCUGCUUCAUCAACCAUUGUUGAGGGGAAUGCAUAAAUUUUUAAGAUGAGAUGAUCAACAUAGAUGUGUUAUUGUUUCUUGAUCAUGGAUUCAAAGCUUACACAAUGAAUGGAACACAUGUAGAAGGGGGAUUCAGUGUCCCAUAAUUUUGUUAA